AUGUUGAGCAAAGGUCAAGUUGAGGGUCAACCGGCUAGUAGUGUUGCUCUUCCUGAUUUAAGAUGGGAUGCUGAACUUGCACACUAUGCUGCACGCCUCGCCCAGACAUGUAAUCCCUGUUAUGAUACUAGUCAAAUUCCGAAGAAGAAAGGGGAAUAUGUUAGACAAAAUAUUGCUCCAGUUGAUACAGUGGAAGAAGCUGUAGAUUAUUGGUGGAAUCGACACUUGGACUAUGAUUAUGCGACAAAAAAUUGUUCCGAUGGGAGAAAAUGCAGACAUUACCUCAAGGUGAAAUUAUCGAAAAUUUUGAUUUUUGAAUUUUUGAGUCACACUCAUUUUUAUUAA